AUGCUCGUGCCUGGCCACCAUGUGACCGUGAUGCACAGAAGUGCUUCCCCAGGCGCUGCUGUGGUGAGCAAUGCCUUUCUUGCGGCUCCCUGCUAUGUGGCAACUGCAGCACUUCAACCUUGUCAGACGGCCUGGUCCCCACGUCAGAUGGUGACCAUGCCGCCAGAUCCAGGAAUUUCGAACCAGUACCUCGAGGAGGAGGAUAUCUACAGUGCCGGUGCCGAGGUGGAGUUUGGCAACUUCCGCUUCCGCUGCGCUGACGUCCUUGGUCGGGGCUCCUACGGCGAGGUCUGGCGAGCACAGGUGCUCAGCGCCAAGGGUCGCUCGGAUCCUUCCGAAGUGGCACUCAAGGAGGUCCUGUGCCGCAGCCAGAGUGAGCUACGGCAGGCCAUCUUCGAGGUGCAGGUCCUCAUGGCCUUGGAGCAAGCCGCAUCGCCUCACCGACUGAAGCUGCGGGUUCCACGCUGCAUCGCCUACAAGGUGAACGUCUGUUCUGGUGGCUGGAAGGUGCGGACUGCGAUGACGCUGGUGCCCGGACAGUCUCUGGACUACUUUUUGAGGCAGAAGCCUCCUCCCGGCUGCACCGUUUCGACCGGUUUGCGAAGAGCGCUGAGCUUGGUGUCUUGCCUCUUGCGGGACAUCGGCCCGGCCCUCCAACUGCUGGGCCCGAUUGCUUGGCACCGGGACGUGAAUUCUCACAACAUUCUCAUCGAUGCUGCCGAUGCCGAUUCCAACAUCGCGGCCGCUUCCUUCUGGCUCAUCGAUUUUGGCUUGGCGGUAGACUCCCAAAGCUGGGUCUCGGAGCAGGGUAGAUGGAGGACAGAGUAUAUCGGAGGCGACAGCCGAUACUGGCCACCCAGUUCCUGGAUCAUGCACCUUGUGGGUCCGGAGGGCUUCGACCACCGUCCGGAUCUCUGCGACCAAUACCAGCGUCGUCUCGACAUCCACGGUUUGGGCGUCACGGCCCUGGAGUUGCUUUGCACGGUGGCCAUGGCCUGCCCAUUGGCCGAUGAGGCCGAGGAGCAGGCGCUGCAGCCAUGGGCUCCGAUCUUCCACGCCUGGACUUGCUACCGCGAGGCAGUUUGGCAAUGGUGGGCGACUGUUUAUGCCGUCUUCUCCGUUGGUGGAGAUCUUGCCCCUGUGCAAGCACAGCUCGUCGAGGAGAGAAUCGUGGAGCAGCUGCUGCUUCUCCUGACACGCAUCCGCAUUGCCCUGCGAAGCUGUGCCGCGCAGCUCGCAGACUCGCAACAAGCACGACUUCUGCAAAUGAUUGCUGACAUGCUUGACGAAGGGAAAGCCUUCGAACUGCGCGACAUCCAGAGGCUCGUCGGCGGCCCGAAGAUCGAGUGCCCCCGUCGGAGCAGUUCCAUGGUCUCGAAGGAGAAAAAGGCGGAACAGCCGCAGCCGCAGCGCUUCUGCAGCGUCCCGACAAAGGGCCGCCAGGCAAGAAACGGCACUGCCGUCGUGGCAACCAUGGCUGGCUUAGAAAAGUCGAGACGCGCCAACGCCAACGGUCAGGAUGUUCUGGGCCAAAGCUCCCGCAACACUCCGGCAUCCCAAAUCAGGACCCCGGUAACGGACACUGUGGCCAGCUGGCAAUCUCAAGCUGAUGCAGUGAUGGCGCCGAACGGCGCGAAGGCCCUCGACCAGAAGCUGGCGCAGUUCCGACGGAGCACCGUGCAGAAGGCCGGGCCACGGAAAGCCGCUCAGCCGCUCAGCCGCUCCCCGCUGACUUCGGAGGCCAAGCAGCGGCUCCAGACUGAGCAUAGCCGGUUCAGAUGGAGCCAGUUGGCUCUCAAGUCCGUUCUUGUUGAGAAGGUGGGAGAAGGUGCUGAUUGCGAUGGACAUUCGGAGGAGUCCGAGCCCUGCGCUCAACAAGGUUGCCCGAGGGACUGUGUCCUCCACGAUUGGGAGCCGUGGUCCGACUGCUCCCACACCUGUGGGCCCCUUGGCAGGCGGAAGCGGAUCAGGGAUGCAGAGUCGGAGAUCGAAGGCGGCAGGCCUUGCAAUGAGUCGAACGAGGAGUACGAGGCUUGCGGCCUUGAAGGUUGCCCUCGCAACUGCAUCUGGGGUGAUUGGGGCGGCUGGAGCAAUUGCACACAGAGCUGUGGCAAAGGCAUUGCAUUCCGGAACAGGAUCCAGCUGGUGGUGGCUGCCUAUGGUGGAAACUGCGUGGGCAGUGCUACGCAGACAGAAUACUGCAACGAUGUGCCUUGCCCUGAGGAUUGCAGCUGGAACGAUUGGGGCGAGUGGACGUCGUGUACGCAAUCCUGCGGAGGAGAUGUCACCGGGACAAAGUCGCGGCUUCGCACGAAAUCAGGGCCCUUCAAUGCCGGGCAGGAGUGUGUUGGCUUCCCCACGGAGACGGCCGCGUGCAAUGCACCUGGCGGUUGCUCUGUCAAUUGCACCUGGGAGGACGGGUUCAGCCGCGGACGUGACUUUUAG